AUGGGCAAGCACUCAGGAUGGGGCCAUCCAGAUCCAGGCCCCACAGUGGGCAAUGCCAGCGCAGAGCUCCCGGGCAGCCCGUCCCCUCCCGAGCAGGGCUGUGGCUGGCCCCCGCAUGCUGGGGGCGCCGAGGAGCAGCCCCUUCGCCUGCCCACCUUCUCCCCCGCUGCCCAGGCCCGCGUGGCUGCCACCUUUGUCCUCUUCGCCCUCUCGGCCGGCUGCAACCUGGCGGUGCUGCGGGCAGCGGGGCGCCGGCGGGGCGGCCACGGGUCCCACAUCCACCUCCUGCUGCGGCACCUGGCUGCUGCCGACCUGCUGGUGACGCUGGCGGUGAUGCCACUGGAUGCCAUCUGGAACAUCACUCUGCAGUGGCGGGCGGGUGACCUGGCCUGCCGCCUGCUGAUGUACCUGCGGCUGCUGGCCAUGUAUGCCUCUGCCUUCGUCACCGUCGUCAUCAGCCUGGACCGCCAAGCUGCCAUCCUGCGCCCGCUGGCCAUCACCCGUGCCCGCAGGAGGAACCGCCUGAUGCUCCACGCAGCCUGGCUGCUCAGCGCGGGGCUCUCCGUGCCACAGCUCUUCCUCUUCCGCACGGUCACCCUGCGCCCACCACACAACUUCACCCAGUGCACGACGCGGGGCAGCUUUGCCCAGCCCUGGCACGAGACCCUCUACAACAUGCUGGGCUUCAGCUGCCUCUUUCUGCUGCCCCUGCUCAUCAUGGUCUGCAGCUACACACGCAUCCUCCUGGAGAUCUCCCGGCGCAUGGGCUCCGGCCUCUUCUUCUCCCGGGACGUGUCCCUGCGGUGCUCGAGGAACAACAUCCCACGGGCAAGGCUGAGGAUGCUGAAGAUGAGCCUGGUCAUUGUCUCCUCCUUCAUCCUCUGCUGGACACCCUACUACCUGCUGGGGCUGUGGCACUGGUUCUGCCCACGGGCCAUGGAGAGGAGUGUCUCGCCAGCCCUUGCCCACAUCCUCUUCAUCUUCGGCCUCCUCAACGCCUGCCUGGACCCCAUCACCUAUGGGCUCUUCACCAUCCCCUUCCGCAGGCGCUGGGGCUGUCCCUGCGGGCACGAUCCUGAGCCCCAGCCUCCCUCCACGGUCACCGGCUCCUUCCGCUGCUCAGCCUCGUCCCUGCCACCCAAACGGGGAGUCCCACGGGUGCCCCCUGGGGCUGACUCCUGCCAGAGCAGCUCCCUGUGA